ACAAAUAGAACAGAUUGUUUCGCGAGCUUCAAUAUUAGGUCGCGAAGUCACCAAUUAAUAACAUCCGCAGGAUGCCGUAUUCAAUUUCACCAUGUAUAUGUGACCUGUUCACCUUCCACCAGGGCAUCGACAUCAUGCUCGGGCCGAUGGCACCCACAACAGGAAGGGCGGAGGCGGCUGAUUUCUCGGCUGUUUACGACGUGAAUUACGUCAGCCUCAUGACUUGGAAGCCGCUGAAGUUCGUCGACCCUUUCAACUUCGUCUUGUCAUUCGAUCUGAACGUCUGGCUGAGUAUUUUCUUCUCCUGGCUCCUUCUAGCUUUCUUCACGGCCAAGAUGGACAUCAUUUCGGGGUCCUUGUUUGAAUACGAGAGCAAGUCAUUUCCCGAGUACUUCUGGAUCUACUUUAAGCUGCUUUUUCCUAACAGUUAUCCUAACAACAAGGCGCCUUGGUUUCGGCUCCUGGUCGGAAUAUGGCUUCUGUCUCUGGUAGUCAUCAUGGGCCUACUCAACUGUACGCUCACUUCUACGAUGCUUGUGAGGAAGACAACGGACUACGUGGACAGCUUUGAAGACUUGCUGCGUUUUCCCAAGGUCAAGAUCGCCACCGAGAAGCUGACUUAUUUUUCGAGGCUCCUGAAGGAACCCGUAGGAGAAACCUUCAGCAAACUGAGCAGCCAACACGAGCAAGUUGUAGGUAUCUACCAGGCCGGUCCGGUGCUUGAGUCAGUCAUGGACGAUAUUCUGAAUAAGAAACGGGUCAUGAUCGGCACGGACGUUAUGCUCAAGUCUCACAUCGCCGACCACUUCGUCAAAACUGGGACGUGUCGACACCACGUGACCAAGGGAAUAGGCGGCACCAUGAACAUUGUGAUGCUCCUCCGGAAGACGUUACCCAAGAAAUUCAAGAGGAAACUUGACAGAUUCAUCACGCACGUGAACGAGUGCCACGCCUACCACAAGGAGAUGGAAUGGCGCCUCCGCAACUAUACCAUGUGUCAGAACGAAAAAGAUGACGGCAUCCAGCCUCUCGUCAUGGUCGACCUUCAGGGCGGAUUUCUUAUGCUUGUGGUGGGACUCGGCGCCAGCUUGCUGGUGCUGGUCGCCGAGUGGGCGUUCGCGACGAGCGCGCUCAGGACACGAACAAAACGUCAGACGACUCUCGGAAAUGCCCCAGUGUUAACGAGACGCGCAUUGAGGAGACGUAUUAAGCUGUACCGGUAGACACGUUAAGUGACGAAUAGGUCAACGUCACCAGAACGAAUGCAAAAAACGAGACGGCGCGACACCAGCUUGCCUUUCCCACACCAUGCUUGUCGUGAUGUCAAAGAUUUCAUCCAACAGUCUAUGCCCGACGUAAGAAAUCACAUUGUGUUUGAAUGUAUGCUGAUAUCAAACCAAACAAUUAACUUUAACGAUCCUUCUAAAACUGGAAAAGCUUCGACGUGAAGCUUACGCCGCCAGUGCUGUGGUUGACGAGGCACUAUAAAUUCGAAAAGCUUUCUGGUUUAUUUUCGCUAAAGAGAGCCACCAGAAAAAAGUGUCAAUGAAUUUCUUAAAUAAAGAAUUGUCAGUUUCACUCGAAGGCG